AGGCUCCUGAGGGUGCCCGCGGGGGGCUGGGGGGUCCCGAGUGGGCUCCUGCGGGGCCGGGGUGGUCCUGGGGGGUGUCAAUCUCCAGGACCCUCCUCCCCACCUCCUGAUCUCCGCCCCGCUCUCCUCCCGCAGGGCAUGAGCGGCGCCGGGGGCUCGGAGCGGCCGGAGCAGCGGCCGGAGCGGCGGCCGCGCGUGUUUCCCCCGGCAAGUCCCUGCCCAUCCCAGCUCUGGGGCAGGAUGGGGUCCUGCAGGCGCUGGUGCUUGGAGAGGGGCAGUGCUCGGACCCUGGGAUCAGCGAGGAGCAGCUCCGGGCCCGGGAGGAGUGGGAGGCUCUGGAAGAGAUCCAGUCAGGGUUGGGGCGCACCUCGCCUGUGCCCCCUCCCCCGAUUUCCUUCGCGGAGGCGCUGCAGCACUUCCAGAGCUCCGGGCUCUCCCAGAGCCGGAGGAAGGUCCGGGGGCCAGGGCGCCGGGGGGGCCUGUCCGUGCUGCUGCGCUGCCUCGGGGGGCCCCCCCGGCUCCGGCCGCAGCUCCGGGGGGAGCGGGAGCUGGUGCUGGCCAUGGCACAGUAUCCCAGGGGUGUUUUUAGCCACGUGGGGCGUUCCUUCCCCCCGGGGUGUCCCUCCCUCCCCCCUGCCAGGCGCCCUGGAUGACUCGGAGUGGGUGCACAUGCGGAUCCUCCAGACCAUCUACCGGCAGCUGACUCACUCCCGCGGGGGCUGCCCCCGCUAUGGGACACACUGGGAGGAGCUGGGAUUCCAGGGUGUGGAUCCUGGGACCGACCUGCGUGGGACAGGAAUGCUGGGGCUGAUGCAGAUCCUGUUCUUCGUCCUGGACUCCCGAACAUUGUCGCUGGCCAGGGAGAUCUUCCAGCUCUCCCAGCAUGAAACCCAGAAUUUUCCCUUCUGCAUCAUGUCCGUGAACAUCACCCGGAUCGUCAUCCAGGCGCUGCGGGAGGAGCGGCUCUCCCGGGAAUGCAACCGCCGGCAGCAGGUCAUUGGGGUGCUGAACGACCUCUAUGCCGCUGCCUUCCUGCGGCUCUUCCGCCUCUGGAAGCGGCAGUGCGGGACUGUCGCCGACGCCGGGUCCUUCCUCAAGGAGCUGGAAUUAUCCACCAAAAAGAAGCCAAGGCAGUUGCUGAGGUCCCUGGAAGCCUAUGUGAGCCACAGCCUUCGGCCUUCCUCUCCUCCCUCCUCUUCCUCCCAGAUCCACUUCACUGGCAUCUGUGACCCUGUGGUCGAGCUGGAGGGAGAUUCCCGACUGAUCUGACAUGGAGCAGGAUGCUGCACAGGGAAUUCUGAUGGUGGAUCAGCCCUUAGAGGGGGACACACCAGUGUCUCCCUUGGUUUGGGGGCUCAGGAAGGGCCAGGAGAGGUCACAGAGCCAGGAUUCACCUCCUCCAGGUGGAAAUCUCUGGAAGUGAAGGAGGAAAAGGCAGUGGAAGGGGGGAGAUUCCAUGAACCCCCCAGCCUGGCACUGGGAUAGUCCCUCCAUCCAUCCCAAGUGCAGGGUCCCCGCUGUCCUUACCUUCCCCAGGUGGAGCUGAGGGUGGUGCCAGGCUCCUGGAUCCCAUCCCGGCUCCAGCAGCACCUGGGGGGAGGGUAACCCCCCCUUUGGGCUGUGGAGGCUUCACUGGGGGCUGGGGGGGAGCAGGACCGGGGAGAUGGUGUGGCCCCCCCAGCUGGGGACCCCCAGGGUCACCAUGGGGUGUCAGCACCCAAAGAAGUUACUAAAGGGGGGGAAAUGAGUGUUUUGGUGGAAGAGUUUUGGAUUUGCUGCUGGAUUCUGUGGGAUCCAGAGGGGGAUGGCGAAGCAGGAGCGCCUGGAGCCCAAUUUGGGGUGAAAUAGGGGUGAAAAAGGUGCUGUAAAGGAGAGAAAUGAGGGUUGAGAGCUGCAGGGAGGAGCGUUAUCCCCUCUGGGAGCAGCUCUGUGCCAGUGCUUGGGAAUGUCCCCAAACCCCUCAAAAUGGCGAAAAUUCCCCAAAGCCGAAGUCUGGAGAGAAAUGAGGGCUUUGGGGGAGAGAAGUGGGGGCUGGUGGGAGAAUGGAGCAUCAUGGCCCCCAAGCCCCCCAAAGGACAACGAUUCCUGGGGGCUGGGAAUGCUGCUGGAUGGAAAAACAUCCAAUAAAUGGGCAAAAAGUAGCCUGGAAUUAGG